AUGAUCAAAGUUCAUUCCAAAGAACGAGUAACCAACCAUUAUGGAACGCUUCGAGGACACACUGCGGCUAUCUCUGCGGUUGAAGUUUUCUAUGUCCCUUCCAUGUUCACAGCGAGUCUCGCGACUGGCAAUGAUCAGCUGUUCGAACCAACUUUAAUAAGCAGUGACGAAUCGGGCUGGAUCAUCUGGUGGGAUAUUACGAUCAAAAGACCCCUUGCUGUAUGGAAGGCCCAUGAAGGAAACAUUCUGACGGUUAAACAAGUGGGAUUGGACUGGACUGAAGCAAAUACAGCGUCCAUUGAUGAAAAAUGGUUUGGCAAACUUCUCACGCAUGGUAAAGACGGAGAUUUGAAAGUUUGGGAUCUAUUCCAAGUAUCUAAAGAUGCAUACUACUCAUAUAGGCCAUCUUCUUUGCUGAACAAGAAGGUACAUGUGGAAGGAGAUGAUGUCACGCAAUGGAAGACUCCACGGCUACCAUUUGAAAUGCCAAUUAAUGUGAUGAACUUUGCCAAUGUCGAUAUCAAUAAUGGAGUGUUGUUAGCUCCCGGAACCCAAGAUUCAGCCAAGAUUGACAUUUAUCGGAUAGAUAUUGAGACUAGCAAUUUGACCAGACUCUUCAAAGCGGUUUGUCCGAUGGAGAUUGCCGAGCAAAAUCGCAUUGAUCUUAAUGUACAGGCUAUACCAGACUCGGAGGUCAGAGGUUUGGGGAUCGUGAUGAAACUCGUAUGGAUAGCCGAUAAUAAGUUUGCUGCUGGUUACGAGAGCGGGCAUGUGAUCAUUUUCCAAAUACAAGCAGAGUCCAUUGAUAUCGUUCAGUACGAUGUCCAGCACUACCCGAAUCCGAUUCUAUCUUUGUACUAUGAUGCUACAAACGAGAAACUCAUCAGCACAUCAUCUUCAGACAAGAUAGUUAUCCAAACUACCGACUCGUCAAAACUGUUCCAUGUGAAUCAUAAAGGUGUGGCUGAUGUCAAGACAAGAAACGACCUCGUUGGAUUGGUCACCUGGGACGGGUACGCUCGAUUCUACAACUACGAUGACCAAACCACUCUCAAAUUCAAGUUCAAGCUGUCAAAGAUGGUUCCUUCCAUCUCUGCAACAAACAGCUCUACUGAUAUUGCAGAAAAUGCAAGUAAUAUACAGGGACAACGGGUCGGGGUUUUGGCUUUCAGCAAGUCUCAGCCGUUCCAUGAGCGAUCGGAACUGGCAUACAUCAACGGGUCAGCAAAAAACCUUGUGCGAAGACGAGACGAGAUGAAACUAACGAGUAACUGGCUGUUUCUGGGUUACAAAGACGGUAAAGUAGCUGUGUAUACUACAAACAACGCUUGA